UUGGAAACGCUCUUGAAAUCUAUCGUCUAAAUUUUGAAGUUAUUUUGGGAAGAGUCAAUGGUAAAUAUAAUAGCUUCAUUGGCAAAAUUUGGUGCUAAAUAGGUAAAAAAAUAAAACUACCUGCAAUACAACUAAAAAAUAUUGCAUUUAAUAACUUAUUGUUUGCAUGAAAAGUUUCAUGUGUCAGUUGUUAAAAGAGGAACUGAAACAAACGAAGCAACACAAGAGGACGUCGAAACCGUUUACACAUUCUCAGCCGACAGAAGGUGAAUCUGCUGAUCAAAGCAAAAGCCAUAAAAGGUGCAAAAAGUAGGAUUUUAAGAUUUUCGAUUAGUUUGAAGGGUUGAUCUAGACGCGCUUGUGUAAAAUGUUAUUAUAAACAUAGUGCAUACAGUUAAGUCAAUAUAUUUACAAACAUAUAAAUAACAAACGUCCACGCCCAUUUGAAGUUGUAUACCAGUAUGAAAAAAGGUGACCUAAAUCAAGAUAUAGCCGAAGUGACUAUUGGCCCAGCAUCCAAUGAAAAUAAAGAAAUAAGAUCUAACAUAAUGCAUACUUUUCAAACUCAAUCAGGCCUACCUUCAGAUUUUCCCCAAAUGGACCGAAAUGUGUCCACUACUUCUCUAACCAAGUUGACACAACAACCUCAAACGCCAUUAAAUGACGAAGAAAUAGCGACUACUUCCUCUGCAGGGAAGCUGCUUGGUGUCGAUUUAGGAAUAGAGCCAAUAACGAGUGAGACAGUUCGAGAUGAAUUAGGGGAAAGAAGUUGCUGGAUUUGUUUUGCAACAGAUGAAGAUAACCGUCUAGCACCUUGGGUGCAACCGUGUAAAUGUCGUGGUACUACAAAAUGGGUACAUCAAAGUUGUUUAUAUCGAUGGGUAGACGAGAAGCAAAAGGGUAACGGGAUGCGUGCAGUUAGUUGUCAACAGUGCCAAACCGAAUAUAUUAUCGUUUUUCCACAAAUGGGCAAAGUCGCCAACUUAUUAGAAGCUUUCGAUAAUAUAAUUAAACGCUUAAGCCCCUUCCUAGCUGCGGGUAUUUUUGUCGGCUCAUUGUAUUGGACAGCAGUAACUUAUGGAGCUGUAACCUUCCUACAGAUUGUUGGGCACAAAAAGGGAUUGGCUUUAAUGGAAAAUGGUGAUCCACUAAUUUUAUUACUUGGAUUGCCUGCUAUUCCAGUUGGCCUAGUCCUUGGCCGUAUGAUUCGCUGGGAGGACGCAGUAAUCAGAUUGAUCCGCAACCGUCGAAGUGUUGCACGAAAAUUCCCACUGAUGAACUUCAUUAUUCCUUAUCCUGAAGAUGAGGAGGAACAAUCGACACAAAAUCCGGCUACGCCUACGUUGGCAGAUCCAGUCUCUGCAACUCGAAUAUUUUGUGGAGCCCUAAUUUUACCAACUAUAUCGACUAUAGUCGGACGUUUGUUGUUUGAAUCCAUUGAAGAUACCCUGCAUCGUACUCUUCUAGGCGGUUUAACAUUUAUUGCAGUAAAAGGUAUCCUAAAGAUCUAUCUAAAGCAACAACAGUACACGCGAAAGAAGAAACGUCGCAUCGUUGAUUACACUGAUGAGAAUGUGCGUAUUUUCGUGAAUCGCAGCACAUCUCGUCACCAUGGUGGCGGUGCUGCAUCGGGUGGUGCUCCAAUUGCAGCUAAUGGUGGAGCACCUAGUACUGGGACAGCGUCGGGUGGCCCUAGUACACAAUUCCAAAGAGACCCAAAUUUAUUACCACAACCUGCAAACGAUCGCAUCAGCAUGGUUUAGACCCACAUUAAACGAAAGGUGAUAUAUUGAUAUAUUAAUUUAUCACAGUUGUCUCAACUGUAACAUAGACCUUGGAGCCGAAAUGAGAGUCAUUUAUACACUUUAUAAAUAUCCGUGCUUGUUGCAACAAAUCAGGGCCGUAGUUUGUUCUCUACUUUCUUUUUACUAACCAAAUUUUAGCAACACCAAAUCAACGUAUUAAAUAAGUUUUUAUUUUGCAUAUAUGAAGCGCCAAAAUUAAAUUAUAUUAAAUAAAUAUUUGUAAAUAAAAUGAGAUAGCGCAAUAUAUAAAGAAUAACAUGAAAUUGCAAAUUGACUUUCAUAAUUAACUUAAAAUUCGCUCAAUGCACAAUUAUUAUAUAAACAAAAGGAAAUACAUUCGGAUUUGUUGAGUGGAUUUCGCCAUAUUUGUAUGUAUGUACAUACAGUAUAUAAAUAUUUGUAUGAUCAUAUUAUUGUGUAUUAAUGUACGUGAAACGCCAAUAGUUAAGAAAUAAAAACUUCCUCUAAAAUAUUUAGAAAAUAAAAAUUAAAUAAUAUAAAAUUAAAUACCUUUUGAACAAAUUUCGGAAAAUAUGAUUAAUUUAUUGAUUAAUGUAUAUAUGAGUUUAGUGGGUAAUCAGAUGGUAAUUGGUGAUUUUUUCACAUAAAAUUGCUUCUUAAGCAUCAAUUUCAUGUUAUUUAAUUUCGGUUAGAUACAUUUGUAUGUUAAAUAUUUAAUACAUAUAGAUUUUUAAAUAUACACUCAUAUAUUUUUUAACAAUGUUAUAAGAAAGACAGAAAUUUAAAAAAUGUCAAUACUGAAUUAUGUACAUAAAUGAGUUGUUGCGGUUUGGACUUGAAUUUGUGAUUUAGGUUUUCAAUAUUCAUAAAUAUAUGCAUACAAAAAUA